CUUUUCCAAGUAAAUGCAUGGCUGACAUGGCUUCAGGAGGCUGAAUCCGAAGAUGAUGAUGAUGUAUAGAGAGUAAUAAAUUUUAAUUUAUUUACUUUGAGCAUGCAUAAACAGGCAUUUAAAUCACCAAGAUGUGGAGCAUGGAAAAUAAAUUAAUGCAUUUUCUGAUGAAAAGGUGUCGCAAUUUUUUAAUGUAGAGCACAAGAUUAAAUAUGGUGCGGCAUUGUUAGUUAAAAGGAAGGAUGUAUAUAAUUUGGGAGAGAUUUGCUGCGUGCCCCCAAUGAUUAAUAAAGCCCACCCACGGACGAGCACCGUGUGAAAAUGUGAUCAGAACAAUGGUCCGCCCAUGUGCGCUCAUGACGUCGUCUAUGGGCGAGUGAGGAGAAUCCCAUUUCACUUGGAGAGCAGAUCCAUUUCGGCCGAUCCUUUCGCGGCGGCUCGUGCCACUCUGCCGCCUCGGCCGACUGUAACAGAACAAGCAUAAAAGGAUGCCUUCUUGCACAUGAAACAGCAUUCGCAAAAGGAAUCUCCAACGUGACGUACUUUCUUUGAGUUUGCUGCUGCUUUCAAUAACGCUAAAGGUGUUCGCAUAUAGAGAAAAUUCUUACAAUCAGUGAAAGUGUUUAAAAAUUCCCUAAAAAAAAGGAGAGAAAAUUGUGUAUCAUUAUAUCUGCUGGAGGUGAAGCUGUUUUAACGCGUUAAACUACAAAAAAAAGGAUUUCGCGAAUAACAGGAGAUAAUAGAUUUAAUUUACAAUGACGUCCCUCUGUCGUAUGUUGUUCUUUGUAAUGGUCUCUGCUGCUGUUUUCCUCCAUUCCUCACAUUGUGGUCCCGCCAGGUCAAUUGCUUUGGUUGCCACGAGAGCCGCCAAUAAAAUUCCACGCUCCAUCCGAGCCCCUUUCCGGAACACAGAAAUGAUGACGGCACGUGGUUUCGGCAAAAGAGCACAAAUGAUAAAGGUGAAAGAUGUUCCAUGGAACUAUGGUAAAAGGGAAACUCACUUCCUGGAUGAUAUGGCACCGGAAAAUACCGAUCCAUUUGAACAAAUAAUCUCCGAUAAUUCCAUUGAAAGCUUUCCGAUUGAUUGGUUCGUCAACGAGAUGACAAACAACCCCAUCCUUACCAAGUCCAUUCUGCGGCGUUUCGUAGAUACCGACAAGGAUGGCAUCCUGACGGCUCAUGAACUGCUCACGGGAGCUACAAUGUCGCCUCAUCAAUUAGACAGCAACGCUUAUUGAGGUCCAAGGAUGUGGGCUGCAAAUGUGCCAUUAUGGGAGUCAUCUAGAUCGAAUACAGUAUAGAAGGAGGAAAAACCCAAAGAGAUUUCUUUUAUCACUUAAGAAGAAAAAAAAACCAUCAAAUUGUAAAUGUAUAGAGACAAAAGUUACUCAAACUUUCAAAAAUGAAACUCUUCGUUAGUUGAAAUAAAUUAAAAGUCUAUUAGCAAUACAAUAUAUUAAAUAAUUACACCGAGAAAUAGUAAAUUGAGAAACGUUUCUCUUGCGGUUUAGUUGUGGGAUGUAAACUGUGUAUUUCAUUUCAAUGUGAUUAUCUACAAGUAAUAGCUGAAUCCUUUCCACCAACAAAAUUAUUCUGCAUUUCAAAGCGAUGAGAGAUGUAUUUUCGCCUGUGCAACGUUCAGGGCUGGUGAACGUUGUGCAAAAUGGAGAAGAACAAGAAUUAGAUAUUAUAGUUUUUAAAUUAAGUAUCCUACCAUUAUAUAUUUAAAUUUUGUUGAUCAUAAAAAAAUACAUAUAUAAUAAAGUAAAAUGUCUAUAGAUUCGCAAAUAAACACGAAAAUGUUUA